CACACCUCGCCGUUAUUCUCUCUUUUCACAGUAUAGACUUCAGUGACUGAAUUACAAUGAUUAACAAAUAGAUUUCCUCUGUUCUCUUCUCCGCUUGUGUGUUUGGCUGGAUCUCUCUAUUCCCACAAAUCAUCACAUUAAGGAAGGCGGAGGGAGGAGCUAUCCGUCAGCGGUGGCACCCUGCUCUGCUCCGCUGUCAUCGCGGACUAAAGCGGUCUCUAGAUGGAUAUCACACCGAACAGCAGCCGGAGAGAGGAGAGAGUCUAUGGAACUUCACACGUUGGAGCGUUUCUAUGGAUGAACACGGUUUAAUCUGUAGACAAGGAUAAUAACCGUCUCGUCUAUCUUCCCGAAUAUUAGCCUAUUCUUCUGCUGCUCAAGUGAAAGGUGUGUGAAGGAGCAGCUCCAGCUGGAGUAGCAUUGCUGGACAUCAUGUCACUCUGGGACACACAGAUCUGUGGAAACAGGAUACUACUGUGGUAGACUGGGGGAAGUCCUACUUCUCAGAUCAGCAGAUCACAUCCAGCUCCUUCAGCUGUCCUCCUGAAUUAGCCGCGGCUUCGUGAACUACGAUUAAUACUCACUCUGGACACACUCCAAUGCAGCAGAGGAACACUGUGAAGGAAGAGGAAAAUACUGCUUUGCCUUUUGACGAACUCACAAGGAGAAAAAGGACGGAAAAUGCCUUUUCUUCAACACUCCUUAGUGGUUGGUCCCUGGACAUCCAGAUGCCUUGUGUCCAUUGUCCCCUAGACUCCUUGACCCAGGAAAACAACCUUCCCCUUCAGCAGCCUCCUCCCAUGUCUGAGUCUCACCAUGUAAUGCAGACAGAGAGGGGAGUUGAGAAUCUGUCUGCUACAGGAUAUGAGUAGUGAUCACUCUGCCACAGACGACAAGACCUGCCUGCAGGGAGGAGCAGCAGAGAGCCAUGCAGCCUCAGUCUGAGGAACUCUUGACCAGGAAACUAAAGGCCCUGAACGGCAGCAUGGGGCCCCCAGCCCAGGGGACACAGCAGGGCAACAAGCCUGAUGGUGGUGGUGGUGGGGGGAAGACCAACGGGACAGGGGAGACAGGGGGGACAGGGACCACAGCCAUGCCCAAGAUGGGUAUCCGAGCCUGGGCUACAGACUGGCCUCCCGCCCCCCGGAGGGAUAUCGGUGAUGGAGGAUGCCAAAACUCCCCCAAAUACGAGAGCAUCGUCACGGCGUUCCAUAACGACCAGCAGCCUCUCGAACAAUCAGGAGCGGCGAUACAGUCACAUGACCAGCCCCCUAUAGACUCUGACUACAGUGAAACUGUUGAGUCGGGGGAGGAUCCCAGGUACAGUCUGUCCGACCUAUUAGGACGCUCCCCUUUAAAGGGGGCGGGGCUCCAUCCCAUCCGCCAACGUUCCAACAGUGACGUCACCAUCAGUGAUAUCGACAGCGAGGACAUUAUAAUGGACGGUACUGCAGUGAACCCCAACACCGGCGCAGCUCUCCACCGGGAGUACGGCAGCACCUCCUCUAUCGACCGGCAGGGCCUGAGCGGGGACGGGUUCCAUACGCUGCUACGGGGUUACCGUAUCGACACCUUAGACCACACCCUCCACACCCUGACACACCCACAUCACUCCAUGCCCCGCCCACUGCUGGGCUUACCUGAGCUGCUGCAGCGCUAUGAUACCCCCCUCUCUCCCAGCCUGCAGACUGCCACCCAGAUCUCCAGAGGGGAGAUAGUGAGGAUGGCAGGGUACGACUACGUGGAUCCCUCCAUCUUCUACUCCAGAGAGAGAGAGAAGAACUUCAUGGGACGCCUGAAGUCUGACUCAUCUGAGACCUCUAUGUUCAGGAAGCUGAGGACCAUCAAGAGCGAAGGAGAUGGGUUCAGGCUGUCUCUGGAUCAGGAUGACAGGAGACCCCUCAGCUUCCAGAAGUGUUUUGCCCACUACGACGUGCAGAGUGUCCUGUUUAACAUCAGUGAGGCUGUGGCCAGUAGGGCCACUCUCAGCCAGAGGAAGAACACAACCACUGGGGCCUCGGCUGCUUCACAGUACCAACCUGGAGCCAGAGGGGGUAGUGGAGCUCUAGGUUUAGGACCAGGACUUGGGCCGGGAGGUGGCCCGGGGACAGGGGUAGGACUGGGGGCAGAGGGAGGGCAAGGAGGUGGUCUUAGUAGUGGAACUACCAGUACCUCCAUGUUUGAGUCUCCUCUGGGCUCCCGAGAAGACCUGAACCCCAAAGAGAACCUGGACCAGGAUGAAGGCGACGGGAAAAACAACAGACUAGUUCUGGGGUGCCCCCACUUCCGUAAUGAGAUCGGUGGAGAAGGGGAGCGCAGAAUCAGUCUCUCCAGGGCUACCAACACCUCUUACAGCGGUGGAGGAGAGAGCUGCAGCUUCGAGUCCUCCCUCUCGUCCCACUGUACCAAUGCUGGGGUGUCGGUGUUGGAGGUCCCUAGAGAGAACCAGCCUAUACACAGAGAGAAGGUGAAGAGAUACAUUAUAGAACAUAUUGAUCUGGGAGCAUUCUACUACCACAAAUUCUUCUAUGGGAAAGAACACCAGAACUACUUUGGAGUGGACGAGAACCUGGGUCCAGUAGCCGUCAGCAUCAGGAGAGAGAAGCUGGAUGAAGGGAAGGAGAAGGAAUGGAUGCAGUAUAACUACCGGGUCACCUUCAGGACCAGUCAGUUGAGUUUCCAGCACAAGGUGGGGGUGCUGUACUGUAAGGCGGGCCAGAGUACAGAGGAGGAGAUGUACAACAACCAAUCAGCUGGUCCCGCCCUCGAUGAGUUCCUCGACCUAUUGGGACAGAGAGUGAAACUGAAGGGAUUCACCAAGUACAGAGCACAGCUUGACAACAGGACUGACUCAACAGGAACCUACUCCCUGUACACCACCUAUAAGGACUAUGAACUGAUGUUCCAUGUGUCAACCCUGCUCCCCUACACCCCCAACAACAGACAACAGCUCCUGAGGAAGAGGCACAUAGGGAACGACAUUGUGACCAUUGUGUUUCAGGAACCGGGGACUCUGCCCUUCACCCCUAAAAACAUCCGCUCACACUUCCAACACGUCUUUGUCAUCGUCAAGGUCCACAACCCCUGUACUGAGAACGUCUGCUACAGCGUUGCUGUCUCUCGUUCUAAAGAUGUCCCUCUGUUCGGCCCUCCAAUCCCCAAGGCAGUGACCUUCCCCAAGUCCGCUGUGUUCCGAGACUUCCUAUUGGCCAAGGUCAUCAAUGGGGAGAACGCCGCCCACAAAUCUGAGAAGUUCCGUGCCAUGGCAACCAGAACGCGCCAGGAGUACCUCCGCGACCUGGCCGAGAACUUCGUGUCCACGGCGACCAUGGACUCGGCUGUGAAGUUCAGUUUCAUCACACUGGGAGCCAAGAAGAAAGAGAAGACCAAACCUCGUAAAGACGCUCACCUGUUCUCUGUCGGCGCCAUCACCUGGUCCGUCACCGCACGGGACUUUGGCCAAUCAGCAGACGUGGACUGUCUCUUGGGCGUGUCCAACGAGUUCAUCAUUUUAAUAGAGGAGCAGUCUAAGAACGUGGUCUUCAACUGUUCCUGUCGUGAUGUCAUCGGAUGGACAUCUGGGAUUAUUAGCAUCAAGAUCUUCUACGAGAGAGGAGAGUGUGUGCUGUUGUCUGCUCAGGAUGGAUGUGAAGAAGAUAUACGAGAAAUGGUGCAGAGACUAGAGAUAGUGACGCGUGGUUGUGAGACAUCUGAGAUGACACUGCGUCGGAACGCUCUGUGCCAGCUGGGUUUCCACGUCAACUUCGAGGGCAUCGUGGCCGACGUUGAGGCCUUUGGGUUCGCUUGGAAGGCGGGGCUUCGCCAGGGUAGCCGAUUGGUGGAGAUCUGUAAGGUUGCCGUAGCAACGCUGACCCACGAACAGAUGAUCGACCUGCUGAGAACCUCCAUCGCCGUCAAGGUGGUCAUCAUCCAGCCUCAUGAUGAUGGAGCGCCACGCAGGGGAUGUUCUGAGUUGUACCGUAUCCCAAUGGUAGAGUAUAAAUUGGACAGUGAGGGGACGCCAUGUGAGUACAAGACCCCAUUUAGACGAAACACCACCUGGCACAGGGUACCCACGUCAGCAGGUCAGCCGUCCAAUCCCAACACCCGGUGCUCCCCCACCCAGAGACACCCCGACCGGGCAGGCAGAGACAGGAUGGGACAGCAGGUCCUUCAGCAGGGACAGACUGCUAUCCCACGAUCCACCUCCUUCGAUAGAAAGCUGCCAGAUGGAUCCAGGGCUGACUGUGAGAACCCGCAGGUGACUGUGUGUAAUAAGGGAGACCAGCACUACCGCAGUUCCCCUAGCAACCAGUCAUCGUCUAGUGACCCAGGACCCUGUGGAAGUGGAACCUGGUCUCAACCUCCUGGAUACGACGGUAAGAACUGGGCUGACUGUGAGAACCCGCAGGUGACUGUGUGUAAUAAGGGAGACCAGCACUACCGCAGUUCCCCUAGCAACCAGUCAUCGUCUAGUGACCCAGGACCCUGUGGAAGUGGAACCUGGUCUCAACCUCCUGGAUACGACGGGUCCUCGGUCCUCCAUGAGUGCUCCAGAGACACCCUCAGAGAGCCCACCCUUGAGAAUACCCGGUUGGCAGAGGCCAAGUGGCACAUCCCCUCCACAAAGAUCCUCAACUCUCGGAAACAGAGGGAUGGGGGCAAGGAUUCACCCAACAAGCAGAACCGGGGGGGAGAGAAGACAUCCAGUCACUCCAGCUGUAACACCCUCUCCUCCAACGCCUCCUCCAAUAACAGUGAUGAUAAACACUUUGGCUCUGGAGAUCUGAUGGAUCCUGAGAUCCUGGGGUUGACGUACAUUAAAGGAGCCUCAACAGACAGCGGGAUCGACACCAACCCCUGUAUGGGGCCUGGGGGGAGGUUACUAAUGCAGGGGGGUUGUGGGGGUGAGGGGGGAAACACCAAGGAUGGCUGCGAAGGAGAGGAUCAUGGGAAACUUUACCUGCCCCAAGGAUAUGCGUCAGCGAUCAUGAGUGGUCACGUGACAGAGGGAAGCAUUGGGGACCUGAGUGAGAUCUCAUCACAUUCACACUCCUCCCACUCCAGGCAGUUGUACCUCCAGGAGGCAGCGUGUCACCAGGCAGCAGAUAGGGAGAGAGAGGCCAAGGCCCUGGAGAAGCUGUCUAAAGAAGAGUACCUAAAGAUGAUGCUGGAGGACAGUGGCCCAGGGGAGGACGGACGGAGGAAGAUGUCUGCGACGGGCAGCCUAUCACCACGGCGCUCCCUGUACCGUACCCUAUCAGACGAGAGUGUGUGUAGCAGCAACAGAAAGGGCUCGUCCUACGCCUCCUCCCAUAGCUCCAUGCUGGACCAGGCGCUGCCCAAUGACAUCCUGUUCUCCACCACUCCACCCUAUCACGCCACCCUGCCACCACGCAUGCCAGGACAGGGGGUCUCCAACCUCAGGAAUGAGUUCUGGUUCUCUGACGGCUCGCUGGCUGACAGGUCAAAGUUCAACGACCCUGGUCUCAUGCCCCUCCCUGACUCCGCCUCCGGACUCGACUGGUCACACCUGGUGGACGCUGCACGCACUUUCGAAGACCAGCGGGUGGCGUCUUUCUGCACCAUGACAGAUAUGCAGAGGGCCGAGGCGCUCCAAAUCUCACAGGAACUGACCAGACGCGUGGCUGCAGCUGAGGGGGCCGCCCUAGAGGCAGGGAACAACUCCCCAUCCACUCUGACUGGCAAAGUCAACCAACUGGAGGUGAUCCUGAGACAACUGCAGUAUGAUCUUAGAAAGGAGAAGGAGGACAAGGUGUUGCUGCAGGUAGAGGUGCAGCACCUGAGACAAGACAACAUGAGACUACAGGAGGAGAGUCAGACAUCAGCCGCUCAACUCAGGAAGUUUACUGAAUGGUUCUUCCACACUAUCGACAAGAAACCCUGAAACUCUACUGGACUAUUAAUGCCCCUGGGGAACAAUGGAACUCUACUACCCCAGGGGGUAACAGAACUCUGAGGACUACUGCCAUACUACUGCACUGAGAGAGACCUACUGCCCAAGGAGCAAUGGAACCCUCUACUGCCCUGGGGGGGACUUGACUUCUCGAAUGCCACAUGGACAGAACAUUUCUACAAACUACAAACUCCCUGGGGCCCCAGGGACAAAACAUAACUAUUCAAGGAAACCCUGUGCUGUGUGGGAGAGCCUGUCCUGGGGGACCCCUCUUUCUCUGUCCCCUGGGGAUCCCUCUGUCCUGGGGAACCCCUCUUUCUCUGUCCCCUGGGGAUCCCUCUUUCUCUGUCCCCUGGGGAACCCUCUUUCUCUGUCCCCUGGGGAACCCCUUUUUCUCUGUCCUGGGGAACCCCUCUUUCUCUGUCCCCUGGGGAACCCCUCUUUCUCUGUCCCCUGGGGAACCCCUCUUUCUCUGUCCCCUGGGGAACCCCUGUUUCUCUGUCCCCUGGGGAUCCCUCUGUCCUGGGGAACCCCUCUUUCUCUGUCCCCUGGGGAUCCCUCUGUCCUGGGGAACCCCUCGUUCUCUGUCCCCUGGGGAACCCCUCUUUCUCUGUCCCCUGGGGAAUCCCUUUUUCUCUGUCCCCUAGGGAACCAUCUUUCUCUGUCCCCUAGGGAACCCUCUUUCUCUGUCCCCUGGGGAACCCCUCUUUCUCUGUCCCCUAGGGAACCCUCUUUCUCUGUCCCCUGGGGAACCCCUCUUUCUCUGUUCUCUGGGGAACCCCUCUUUCUCUGUCCCCUGGGGAACCCCUCUGUCCUGGGGAACCCCUCUUUCUCUGUCCCCUGGGGAUCCCUCUGUCCUGGGGAACCCCUCUUUCUCUGUCCCCUGGGGAUCCCUCUUUCUCUGUCCCCUGGGGAACCCUCUUUCUCUGUCCCCUGGGGAACCCCUCUUUCUCUGUCCUGGGGAACCCCUCUUUCUCUGUCCCCUGGGGAACCCCUCUUUCUCUGUCCCCUGGGGAUCCCUCUGUCCUGGGGAACCCCUCUUUCUCUGUCCCCUGGGGAACCCCUCUUUCUCUGUCCCCUGGGGAUCCCUCUGUCCUGGGGAACCCCUCGUUCUCUGUCCCCUGGGGAACCCCUCUUUCUCUGUCCCCUGGGGAAUCCCUUUUUCUCUGUCCCCUAGGGAACCAUCUUUCUCUGUCCCCUAGGGAACCCUCUUUCUCUGUCCCCUGGGGAACCCCUCUUUCUCUGUCCCCUGGGCAACCCCUCUUUCUCUGUCCCCUAGGGAACCCUCUUUCUCUGUCCCCUGGGGAACCCCUCUUUCUCUGUCCCCUGGGGAACCCCUCUGUCCUGGGGAACACCUCUGUCCCCUGGGGAACCCCUUAAGAGAAAUGAACUUAUUGUCUGCUAUCUGCACCAGGAAUCAACUUAUUGUCUGCUAUCGGCACCAGGAAUCAACUUAUUGUCUGCUAUCUGCACCAGGAAUCAACUUAUUGUCUGCUAUCGGCACCAGGAAUCAACGUAUUGUCUGCUAUUGGCACCAGGAAUCAACUUAUUGUCUGCUAUUGGCACCAGGAAUCAACUUAAUGUCUGUUCCUUUAUCUGCACCACGAGGCACCAAGAGGAAUCAACUUAAUGUCUGCUAUGUGCACCAGGAAUGAACAUGGUCUGCUAUCUGCACCAACCAUGUGGCAGAACUGGACUGUAAAGGCACAGUGGGAUUAAAGAAUGUAGCCCAACUGACCUGAGAAGUAUUUUUUACUGUCUGUUUCCUCAACGUUCCUAAAGUCACAAACACUUAGAAGCCAACCUGAUGUGUGAUCCAAACGCUUUGAUAUGAAAUAGUUAUGUUUAAUCUUUAUGUUCUUCAAUGUUGUAAUAUAGAAUCACGAAGGGGCAGUAGGGUUGAUGUUAAAAGGUGCUCUCCUGUUGUCGCUGUCGGAUGAAAACUUCUUAUCUCCACAACAGAACAUUUUCAGGAAAUGGGAAAAACUGCCAUAUUUUCCCAUUAACAAUUUACGAAACCUUCAAAGUUAAAAAAAAACUAAAAUCAAUUUCUUGUCCUAGAGUCAUGAAGUGUUGAGAGUACACUACGGGGAGUUACUGUUUUCAAUUUCUGUAAACAAAUCAAAAUAAAUACAAAAUGGUAAAAUUGCAGAAAUGGAGUUCCAAGGUUUUCAUUCGACAGCAUUUCUGAAACCUGUUCUAUCACUAGUCUGUUUAUAUGCUGCUGUCAUCACGUCUUAGCAAUAACUAAGUAGUUGUUUUAGUGUGUUUUAAAAAGUUAGCAGCACAAAUGUAGGCAGUUCCUGUGGGGAGAAUGACGGUUGUAUUUGACAUGUGCUGAUAUCCUACAAGAGGCUGGGUCUGUGUGUUAAUGUAGGUGUAGAAUAGUAUGGGUCCUUUCUCUUUGCUUUCCUUGUUACUACUCUUGCCUUGUCCAUGGAUCGCUCAGCUGAUACACAAACCUGGGCCGCAUGCCACAAGGCACACUAUUCCCUACGUAGUGCACUACUUUUGGUCAAGACUUUGGUCAAAAGUAGUGCACUACACUCUAGGAAUAGGGUGCCAUUUGUGAUGCAGAACCCGAAUGCGUUAUAAUCACAGUAGCAAUCUGGGUCCAUAGGGAUCUGGUCUACAGUAGUGCACUAUGUAGGGAAUAGGGUGCCAUAGGGCCCUGGUCUAAAGUAGUGCACUAUAUAGGGUGCCAUGUAGGAUACAACCAAUCACACUCACAAUGUCAAAAUGUCUCUCUCUGUACAUAAGCUCCUCCACUGAAGUGUCUUGUUGUAUUUCAUAUUUAUUGAAACUGAUUUCACCUGAAGUUGUUCAUUUGAUUAAUUAAUAAGCAUCAAAUAUAGAUUUUCCUUUUUCAGCACUAAGUUAGGAAAAAGCUCUGUUUUUGUUGUAAAGUACGUAUGAAGCAUAAUUUACAGGGCAGAAUUAUAUUAAAAUAUACAAAUGAUUAUUCUUGUUGAUUGUGUCCCAGAGCUCUGGUCAAAAUAAGUGUACACUAAAUAGGAAAUAGGGUGCCAUAGGGCUCUGGUCUAAAGUAGUGCACUAUGUAGGGAAUAGGGUGCCAUUUGGGACAUAUUGUGUUUUGUUUUGGAGAUGAUUCCAACAUUUGGAUGCUGCUAGAUGAUCUGUUGGUCUGUUGCUUUUUCAGGAUAAUAAUCUUUCUACAUUAAACAGUUUCAGCUCACAUGAUAGGUUGCUUUGGUUUUCUAAAUAAAUGUAGUAUGAAAAUAAUGAA